CUGUUUGCCUUUUUUUUAAAAUGUAGAGGUAAAGUCAUCCAACGUACAGAUGUAGCUAUGGCUCCUUACAUAUUUUGUUCUAUCUAAAGUUAGGUAUUUCAGCUCUGAGAUGAAGACAAUGAUCCCAUUAAAAUGACAACAUUUCUGAAAAAUGGGUUUCAUAUUUAUUUGAUGGGAAAUAAACUCCCCACUACCCCCCCAAAAAACAACAACAACAAAACCUCUAGUCCAGAGCUACUGUUCACAACCGUGGCUAACACAUGGUGUCCAUGCAGAGAGAGGGCCCUGAGACAAGGAAUGUUGUUAAACUUUUUAAACCAGCUUCUUCUUUAUUGUUCCGAAUAAGAAUCCUGAAGAAAAGCAUUUUCCUUUUAGCCCAAGCGGCUAUGAAUAGUAAAAACCAGCUGAUUUGAAGUCCCUGGAAUGCAUGGAACUUAGACUCUCCUAACGCACACAGCCAGCUCCCAGGCUCUGAGUCUGCCUUUUAGGAAGACUGGUGCUCGCUGGGUCCCCGGCUGUUUAUCCUUCUGGGGGGUGGUUUUGAGUGGCUGCUGCUUUGGCAUCUGGCUGCUGGGUUUCAGUUUUGGGAUCUUCUCCAUUUCCAGCACUUUUCUUCUCUUGUCUGCUGCCACGACGGCCCCCAUGAUUUCCAUGAUUUCCGGCGGUGGCUGAUCACUUCCCUGGAGCUGGGCCGGAGUUCAUAAACCUGGACUUGACCUGGGACAUCUGUUGCUUUCAAUUUCUUUCCAGGAUGGUCUGAACCUUGCUAACACCAUCUCCCCUGGCCUGACGGACAUCAGCUGGUCGUCCUUCAGGAUCUACCCAGUCCAGAGCCAGUAGCUCUUUGGUCCCUUAUCAGCAGCCCGGACAAUGCAGACACCACUGCCCAGUCCUGUGCCCGUGCUCCGGCUGCCCCGGGGCCCCGAGGGCUUGAGCAGAGGCUUUGCCCCCGAUGGACGGAGGGCCCCCCUGGAGCCAGAGGUUCCUGGAACCCCGGAGUCUCCUGUAGUUCACGAAUGUCAGGAAUCCCAGGAACAGCGGGCCCGAGCCCUCCUCCGGGAGCGCUACCUCCGCAGCCUGCUGGCCAUGGUGGGUCGCCAGGUCAGCUUCACCCUGCACGAGGGUGUGCACGUGACCGCCCACUUCGGCGCCACGGACGUGGAGGUGGCCAACUUCUACGUGCUGCAGCUGCAGACGCCAAUAGGCGUGCAGGCGGAGGCGCUGCUCCGGUGCAGUGACAUCAUUGCAUACACCUUCAAGCUGUGAAGACCUCAUUGUGGUCACCUGCUGCCUUGGGCCCAGCCAGAUUCCCGGGCUUCCAGCAGUUCCAGGUCUCUGGGCCUCAGAGUUCGGAAUUCCCUUGGAGUUUUGGGCCAAGCUCCAAGCAACUGACUUCUUCAGGUCUCCAGUGUCUAGUCAGUAAAAUUCUGCAACCCCACAAGUUCUAGAUCGCAUUGAAAGGAAUGCUCUACCUCACAGAACUUUACACUCUACAGAAAUGUGGGUCUUGGGGCAGUUCCUGAAGACUGGAGGUGGGUGGGGCCGGGGAGGGGGCAGGGAAUAAAGGAAGGCAAAUUGCAGAGUGGGAAAUUGUUUAUUAUAGAAGUUGCAAAGUUCAGUCACCCUGAAGAAAUUCCCCAAUACUACCCUCCUGCCAAAGAACAAUUAUUACAGGAAAA